AUGGAGCUUUGGGAUACCACCGGGCAGGGAAAGCACCGCGCAAUGGCUCCAAUUUGCUUUCGCCGUGCCGCGGCGGCGCCAAUUCUGUUUGAUGGGACCGUAGUUAAAUCCUUUGACGAGCUUGAGGCGGUUUGGCUGCCCGAGCUACUGCCCCACAUGAAGUACAGUACCGAAUUUAUCGUCGUUUGUGGGAACAAAUGCGAUGCCGUUGCGACCGAUGGACAGCGGGAAGGUGUGCACCACGCCGAAGAGGUCUGUCGUGCGAGGGGCCUAGCAUUUUUGCACACGUCUGCGAGGAAUGGGCAAAAUGUGCACGGAGCAUUUGGAGCUUUGGUGGAUAGCUUACUAACGAGGCGUGAGGAGGAGGCGGCGAUGGUGCCGGACGCGCCAGUUGUGCAAGGGCCGCAAUAA